GGCGUGCCUUGCCUCUGAUGUAAAGGAUAAGGCAGAAAUCUGCUCUAACUGCUUUACAGCUGGGAGUGAAUGACCACAAAAUUAAUUCCGCUCCCUUGAACAUCACACAUGCUAUUCUCCCGGCUCUGUCACCUGGGCUUCCUUCUAGUUGUAGUUCUAUACAUGACUGCUGGAUUCAGUUCUUGAGGUUGUCUGCUUGUAUCCUCAAGCUGUUAAACAACUUGACCCUCGCUUCCUGUAUUGUGUGUGGAGCCAAGAUACUGAUGCGUUCCACCCAUAAUGGGAAGUGACAUCAAUGGACCAUGAGAUGCGGCGUGGACCGGAUAUGGGUGUGUCUCCAGAUUGACGCCAGCGGGGGAACACGCUGAGGGAGAAAGCCAGUUUAAGGGAAGAGAAGCAAGCCAUAACACAUACACAUCUCAAGAUGGAGAAUAUUUCAUCAUAUCAAGUAGAACUUUCUUGCUCCAAAGCAGGAAGACACAACUACAUAUUUAUUGCAGUUCCAAUAAUCUACAGCACAAUAUUUAUCAUAGGAGUCUUUGGAAACAGUCUUGUUGUCAUUGUCAUUUUCUGUUACAUAAAGAUGAAGACGGUGGCCAGCAUUUUCCUAAUGAAUUUAGCUAUUGCUGAUUUGUGCUUUGUGAUGACAUUGCCAUUGUGGGCAGCAUACACCGCCAUGCACUAUAACUGGCCAUUUGGCACCUUCUUGUGCAAACUGUCUGCAGCGGCGAUCACCUUAAAUCUAUAUACCUCUGUAUUUUUGCUUACAUGCCUCAGCAUUGACCGCUAUAUAGCCAUUGUCCAUCCAAUGGUAUCUCGUGUUCGACGAACAAUAAUGGUUGGCAAGAUCAUUUGCAUCUCUAUAUGGAUCAUCGCAUGCUUGGCAAGCCUGCCUGCUUUUAUUUAUCGUACAGUAGUUCCUCUCAAGGAGAAUAUAACAGUGUGCGCUUUCUACUAUCCAGCCAACUCUUCUCAAACAUUUUUGACUGGGAUGAACAUAACAAAGAAUGUUCUUGGAUUCUUUGUUCCUUUUCUGAUCAUCUUAACAAGCUACACAUUAAUUGGCAAGACAUUGAAGGCCACCUUCCAUGGUCAUAGGGGCAGGACUAGGAAUGAUGACAUCUUUAAGAUGAUUGUGGCCAUUGUUCUGGUGUUCUUCUUCUGCUGGCUUCCGCAUCAGAUUUUUACCUUUUUGGAUAUUUUGAUUCAGCUGGAGAUAAUAAAAAGCUGUCAAUUUGAAGACAUUGUAGACACAGGGAUGCCAAUCACUAUUUGUAUUGCCUACUUUAACAGUUGUUUGAACCCUUUCCUGUAUGGGUUUUUUGGAAAGAAUUUCAGGAAACACUUCUUACAACUUCUUAAAAACAUACCACCCAAAUUUACGACACACGCAAGUCUCAACACAAAGAUGAGUAUGCUUUCAUAUCGUCCAUCAGAUCACCACAGCGCUUCAGUCAAAAACUCAUCACAUCUGAGUGAACAUGAAGAACAACCCAUUGCAAAUACUUAGAAUGGAAAAUUGUACAAUUCAAGGAUUAAGAGUCAGCACAAUUGGCCAUUGAGCCUUGAAAUGAGUGUUCAGUUGUGUUGUCCUAUAAGUACAAUACAUAUUCCAAUGGCCACAAAACCUCUGCUGUAUAAAGAGAAUGUAUAGUUUAGUGUAUUGUAGUAUACGGAAAGAAGACUGUAUGUACAAUAUCAACACUUCACAAAUAAGCAGAAAUCAAAUAAAAUAUAUGACUGACUGAAUGAACGAAUGAAUGAAUGAACUAAUGAUCAUUAAUGACUAUACCUCAUUUUCUGAAAGAAUGUUUUCAUAUUACAGCAAUUUUAUUUUUAUGUAGUAAGAAUUUACACAAUUAAAUAUAUAUUAUUUCAUAUCCAUGUUUAUAUUGAGAGUAUGUAAAUAGUCGGUGUCACAAAUUCAUUGUUUUUUUUUAUCCAUUGAGGGCUUUGCAUAGUUUAAUGUAAAUUUUCUAUAUCGUUAUAAAAGUUCCUAAAAGACAAAAUGCUGUGUAUUUCGUAUGGUGUUUAUUUAUUUUAUUUAAAGGAUAUCUGUCACCAGGUUGGUCUGUGCUGCCUUGACUAAAGUCAGCUAUCUUUAUGAGCUGCUGCCACUGACUGACAGCUUUCUGUCUAUGCACAGUAUUGACAAAACACCACCAGUCAUUGGCAGGGGGUCAGUCUAAAGUGUUAGCUCAUAUUGUUGUGGACUCCAGAGCAUACACUCACUACCCGAUCCUGGGGCAUCAAAAGAAAGAAGAUAGCGCCUGAAUCAGGGUCUCUGUUACAAGUUUUCUGCUGCCCUCGGAUAGGCGACAGAUUCCCUUUAAAUUUACUUUUUAAUGUGUUGUUUAUGCUGGAAACCUCCUAUGGAGAAUCUUUGCCCAGCCCUGCAACUGUUUAUACCUCUAAAAAUUAUUAAUUAAAAAAGCUUGAUAUGGUAUUGAUAGAAAAUACAAACAGACGACUCUUGUUGGUUGAUGCAUUGUUGAUCAGUUGACCCAAGUUUUCUUUUUUCUUUCCCAGAAACGGAGUCACAGAGCUAGGAACAAUAUGAUUUUGACCAGUGCCUGUACUACAAACCUAUACCAAUAGGUUAGUGCCUGUGAUACUGAUACUGA